GGCUGAAUGUGUUUUGUUUUGCAUGUAGCCCUCUCUGCAGAGGGCCUGGCUUCACUCACACAAGCCUGGUAACAUCUGGGGAGGACUGUCACCUGGAGUUCCAGCCAUUACUCCCUCUUGCUCUCCUCCAGCCACAAGUGGUCUCAGAAGAUGCUAGAAUGUAGAGGAAACAGAAGAUGAACUGGCAGGUUUUGCCUGUGCGCCCCUUCUCAGAGGAUGAACAGAUCUUGUGCUAUGAAGUCCUGUGUGCUCAUCCUUCUCCUGGCCCUACUGUGUGCAGAAAGAGCUCAGGGGCUAAACUGCUACAAUUGCACGAUGAUCCCAUUUGGUAAUACCUGCUCAUCAACUGCUACCUGCCCCUACCCUGAUGGAGUCUGCACUAUUCAGGUGGCAGAAGUUGUUGUGAGCUCUGUAAGACUGAAAGUAAAGAGCAAUCUCUGCCUUCCCGGCUGCCCCAAGAGUCCUCAAACACCUGAGGUCCUCGGUACCGUUGUCCAUGUGAAUACUGACUGUUGCAAUACAGAUCUUUGCAACGCAGCAGGUCCCACUGGAGGCAGCACGUGGACCAUGGCAGGGGUGCUUCUGUUCAUCCUGGGCUCAGUCCUCCUGCAGACCUUGCUGUGAUGGACCCUCCAAGGCCCUGCCACCCUUGUCCUUUUAUCCUUAUGUGUAAUCACUCCUUCCUGGAGCCCUCUAGUGAUAAAUUCUGAGUAAUAAAAAUUCAGAGGGGGGAUUGAGUGUGGAACACCUUGUUGCAACUCUAUAGCCACUGCUGGAUAGGUUCCCCACUCCCCUCUCUAGGGCUUUCAGAUAUGUACUUCCUAGAAUGCCAUUGUGUUGUGGUUUGCUGCUCUUGGCCCUGGAGGCAGGGGACAGCACAGGGAAGAGGCAGAAACCCAAGGCACUGUGACACCACCUCCAUCCAUACAUAAAAAUCUGGGGUUCUGCAGGGUUCCCACACAUGCCUCUGAACAUCCCCCUAUUUGAGUCCAAUAAACUCUCUGUUCUCCCA